AUGGAAUUUUUCCUUCGCGGCCUUGGCUUCCUCAACGAUGCGUACGACCUCUCGGUCAUCAACAUCAUCAACGUCAUCUUGGAGCACCAGUACGGCAAGACCGUCUUUGACUCCAACAUGAAGUCGAGCGUCUCGACGUCGGCGCUCAUCGGCGCUGUCCUCGGCCAGCUCGUCUUUGGUGUUCUCGGUGACAUUUACGGCCGCAAGAACUGCAUGGUGGCCACGUGCGCGCUCCUCAUCAUUGGCGGUAUCCUCUGUGCGGCGGCCUACGGCGGCUCGGACCUCGGCACGCUCUGGUUCCUCGUCGUCGCCCGUGGCAUCCUCGGUUUCGGUAUCGGCGGCGAGUACCCGCUGGCUGCGUCGUCGUCGUCGGAGGAUGCGACGUCGACCGCCGACCGCAACCGCCGCGUCGCGCUCACAUUCUCGCUGCAGGGUGUCGGCUUCCUCAUCGCCGGCAUCAUGGGUCUCAUCAUGGUCAACGUGCUCGACGACACGCCGCAGCAGCUCGAGAUCAUGUGGCGCGUGCUCUUUGGCGUCGGUGUCCUCCCGGCCUUGUUUCUUGUCUACUACCGCAUCACGGCCGAAGAGACGCACGUGUACAAGACGAUGCUCGCGGAAGAAGUGCACAUGACGAAGAUCCGCUGGUCGUUCAUCCUCAAGCACUACGGCAAGAGCCUCCUCGGCACGGCCGGCACGUGGUUCCUCUUCGACAUUGUGUUUUACGCCCAGAACCUCUUUUCGGCCUCGAUUCUGUCG